AUGGCAGAUGCUAACGUUUCAGCGUCUCCCGUGGCGUUGGACGUCCAAGGGGCCCUUCAGCAACAACAGCAGCAGCAAGACCCACAGCAAGAACAGGAGCAAGAAGAGCAGCAGAAAAAGCAGCAAGAAAAACGUGAGCGUCGCCGACAGGAACGGCAGCGGAGGCGGCGGCAGCAACAAAAGAAAACUUGCCGCCCUGAGUCUGUCUCUGUCCCCCCAGAGCUGCUGGGCGCCGCACUGGAGAGGCAGCACGUCGACUCCAUCUACGCGAAAAUCGCCCUCCACUUCAGCCACACAAGACACCGCCCCUGGCCCCGCGUCGCUGCCUUCAUCGAAUCUCUGCCGCCCGACGCCAUCUUGGUGGACGUAGGGUGCGGCAAUGGCAAGUACCUCCACUGCAGACCCAAAUGGACCAGCAGCAGCAGCAGCGAUGGCGACGGCGGCAGCAGCGGUAGCAACAGCUCCAGUCCCUAUAGCUGCUUGUCCAUAGGCAUCGACAGGUCCCGAGAACUGCUGCACUGCGCGUCAGCGCACCCGCAGGGCGCCUUGGGGCCCCGUAUACUGCAGGCAGACUGCCUAAACACCUGCAUAAGAGACGAAGUCGCCGACGGCGUCAUCUGCAUUGCUGUGCUCCACCACUUAACCACCGAGGCGAGAAGACAGCAAGCCUUGGGGGAGCUGGCGCGCAUAACGCGCCCUGGCGGCCGCAUUUUAAUAUACGUGUGGGCUCUGGAGCACGAGGCGGGGAGUGUCGGAGAGCGCAAGUUCCCCAGCCAAGACGUGUUGGUGCCUUGGGUGUAUCAAACGCACUACGAGCGGGCUCGCGAGUUAUCGAAGAGCGACGGCAGCGCAGCAGGAGACGCUGAACCAGGGUCAGCUGCUGGGGAAACUGCGGCGGCUGCUGGACCGACUGCGUCCGCCUCUUCGGAGAGGGAAGAGACAUUCUAUCGUUACUACAGAGUGUUCAGUCGAGAGGAGCUGUUGGGGCUGUGCGCCAAAGAGAAACGCUUGAAAGUCCUUGACUGCUACAACGACACAAACAACUGGGCGGUGCUGCUUGAAAGAGUCAGCUGCUGA